UUCUCCGAUGCCCAUCACCUUCUUCGCCGAGAUCUGCAUCUGAAUUCUCAAAACUUUCCUCCAUUCUCGAGCUACAUACUUGAAACCUUUUAAUUUAAUGUCACGAACCCAGCUGCAAAUUCUGCUUCUUCCACCUUUCUUCUAUGUUUAUUCGGAUUAAUCCGAGAGAACAUGGUCUCUGGGUUGCUGAAAUUCACGGGAUUAUCAACAAGGUUAUUGAACAUAUGCGUUGAUUCUCUCUGCAAAUUCCGGAAACUGGAGAAAGCCGAAUCAUUAAUCACAGACGGAAUCAGAUUAGGCGUAGCUCCUGAUGUCGUCACAUACAACACACUGAUCAGUGGGUAUUGCCGAUUCGUCGGAAUCGAAGAAGCUUACGCCGUGACUCGCAGGAUGAGAGACGCCGGAAUAAGACCAGACGUCGCCACGUAUAACUCUUUAAUCGCCGGAGCAGCGAGACGACUAAUGUUAGAUCGUGUCCUCUACCUGUUCGACGAAAUGCUUGAAUGGGGUAUAUAUCCUGAUCUAUGGAGUUACAACACUUUGAUGUGUUGUUACUUCAAGCUAGGGAAACAAGAAGAAGCCUUUCGUGUUCUUUACAAGGAUCUUCACCUCGCGGGACUUAACCCCGGUCCAGAUACAUACAACGUCCUCCUCGAUGCUCUCUGCAAGUGUGGUUAUAUAGACAAUGCUCUUGAGCUUUUCAAAGAGAUGCAGAGCAAGUUUAAACCUGAGCUCAUGACUUUUAACAUUCUUAUCAACGGGCUUUGUAAAUCCAGGAGGGUAGGUACUGCGAAAUGGAUGCUAACAGAGCUCAAGAAAUCUGGUUACACUCCCAACGCAGUCACAUAUACAACGAUACUAAAGCUGUAUUUCAAGACCAGGAGGAUUCGAAGAGGGCUUCAAUUGUUUUUGGAGAUGAAAAGAGAAGGUUAUACUUAUGAUGGUUAUGCGUAUUUCGCGGUGAUUAGUGCUCUGAUCAAAACGGGAAGAACGAGAGAGGCCUACGAGUAUAUGGAAGAGCUGGUUAGGAAAGGUAGGAGACAUGACAUAGUUUCGUACAACACAUUGUUGAAUCUGUAUUUUAGAGACGGGAAUUUGAAAGCGGUGGAUGAUUUGUUAAAGGAGAUAGAGCGGAGAGGAUUGAAAGCAGAUGAGUAUACGCACACGAUUAUAGUCAACGGAUUGUUGAGGACAGGACAGAGUAGAGAAGCUGAGAGGCGUUUUGUAAGUAUGGGCCGAGAGAUGGGGAUUGGGUUGAAUCUUGUGACGUGUAACUGUUUGGUGGAUGGGUUGUGUAAAGCUGGUCAUGUAGACCGUGCGAUGAGGUUGUUUGAUUCGAUGGAAGUGAAAGAUGAGUAUACUUACACUUCGGUUGUGCAUAGUCUAUGUAAAGACAUGAGGUUUGUUUGUGCUUCGAAGCUGCUCUUGUCGUGUUACAGUAAAGGGAUUAAGAUUCCGGCAUCAGCUAGACGAGCGGUUUUGUCCGGUUUAAGGAUGUCGGGGUGUUAUGGUGAAGCAAAGAUGGCUAAAGCUAAAAUGAAACUGACUCAGGUCUGACGAUCUUAACACACAAGUUUUGCAAGUGAAAGUGUGUGAUGUACUUAUGUAUCAUGAAAUAGAAUAAAGUCUGAUUCUUUUGCAUU